AUGGCAUUCCCAACAAACGUCGUUUCAUGUACCAGUGAUGAUGUCUUCAACAAUGUGGAUACAGUUUUGAAUGAGUCAUCUGCACAAGGAAGAUGUGAAUUGCUGAAAGCCCAGGAAGACAGAUAUGCAAAACGAUGCUACUCGUUUUGCGACUUCACUGAAAGCAUCACUUUCUCUAUGGGCGCGCCAGGUGAGUGCGUGUCGGCUGUGCAGGGGAAGAAGGGGGUGUGGAUUAAAGUUCCCACGGAACAGGCAAGACUUGUUCCCAUUGCGAUUGAUGCAGGGUUUUUGUACCACCGUGCAGAGCCUUCAUAUGUAAUGUUAGUGUAUUGGAUCCUUCAAACUCCUUCUACCAUCCCUGACAAUGCUUCACAUCAAGUGGGAAUCGCAGCUUUUCUAUUCAACGACAAAGGAGAGGUUCUAGUAGUUCAGGAAAAGUGCGGACUUUUCAAAAUUUCUGGGUUGUGGAAGAUGCCAACAGGAAGGACUAACCAGGGGGAAGGCAUUAAGGAAGGUGCCAUAGGAGAAGUUCAGGAAGAAACAGGGAUAAGUCGAAAUGUUGCAUUCGGGCUUUCGAAUAGUUAUCGGUCCAUGAACUACAGGGAUGGUCAGAAUGGCCUUUUUGGAAAAUCAGAUAUGCUCUUUGUCUGUAUGUUAAAGUCUACUUCUUGUAAUAUUGUUAAACUUAUACAAGAAACCGAAAUUUCAGCUGCCUAA